AUGAUGGACUGUCUGUAUGCCAAGUGUAUCCCUUGUACAACUGACUGUAUAAUGGCUGAAAUUGAGAAAUUGGGGCAGAAGUAUAGAGUGGUUUUAAGGAUUGCCAAGGAUCCAAGAUUUGAACGAUUACCAUGUACACACAAAGGAACCUAUGCAGAUGACUGCUUAGUGCAAAGAGUAACUCAGCACAAGUGUUACAUUGUGGCCACAGUUGACCAGGACCUUAAACGAAGAAUCUGGAAGAUCCCUGGAGUUCCCAUCAUGUACAUUUCUAACCAUAGGUACAACAUUGAGCGGAUGCCAGAUGAUUACGGAGCCCCUCAGUUCUAA